CGCUCCCAGUCCACAGUAGUCCGUUAAACGAAGAACAUGAGACAGUCAUUAAUAGUCGGUUUUAUCCUUCUGCUGAUAAAUAAUGUUGUGGGAGCACCAGCAGCUCGCACGGAAGUCGAUCCAGAGCUGACAGCUGGUUAUAUCGAAGGUGACAUGGUGUUCAGCCCCGAGCAGAGAAAUGGACUACGCGAUGAGAACUAUCGCUGGCCAGAUCGCAUAGUUUAUUACUACAUCAACAACAAUAUUGAUCAGGAACAUCGCAAUCACAUACUUAUCAGCCUUCGUAAAAUCGAGCUAAGCUCCUGCCUAAUAUUUAAGGAGGCUUCGAAGGAUCAGAACUAUUAUGUUAACAUAACCUCGGAACCAGGCGGCUGCUUCACAGCUGUCGGCUUCCAAAACCGAGUUCAACAAAUGAAUUUGCAAGACUAUCCCUUGGAUACGGGCUGUUACCGCAUGGGCACAAUUAUGCACGAGAUGCUACACGCCCUGGGCCUUUAUCAUCAACAAAGCUCUUCAGAUCGUGAUGAUUAUGUUCGAAUAGUCUUGGAAAAUAUUCAGGAAGGCAAGGAGCACAACUUUCAGAAAUAUGACGAGAAUAGGGUUGAUAACUUUGACCAGACCUAUGACUACGGUAGCGUGCUGCACUACACACCCUAUGGCUUUUCCAAAAACGGUGAAAUGACCAUUGUGCCAUUGGAAGAGGGUGCCGAAAAGCGAAUGGGACAGCGACUGCAAAUGAGUGAAGCGGAUAUUAACAAAUUGAAUACUAUGUACAAGUGUCCGAUUAAUGUUUAAAAUGUUAGAAUAUGCAUUGUGGCUGAUAACCCAUCAAAGGUAAAUGAAAAAAAGGUUCCCUUAAAUAGGAGACGGCAUUUCCUCCUCUAUGAAAUAUUAAAAGCAAUACUUCAAAUA